ACCCUAACCCUCCGUCAACUAGUUCUUUCGCACGAUCCCAGGCCGCCCUCGUCGAAGCAGAGCUGCGCAUCGUUUCCUUCUGGUGUUUGCAAUGGCUCCCCCUUCGAAGGUUGCCAAGGCUCCUGCGUCGCAAACGGCGAAGGCAACGAAGGCUGCAAAGGCAUUGAAGACCACCACCAAGCCGGUGAAAAAGCUCUGGAGGAAGGUGCGCACUUCUGUGACCUUCCAUCGCCCCAAGACCCUCAAGCGUGCCAGAGCCCCGAAGUACCCACGGCUGAGCGCUCCUGCCCGCAACAAGCUUGACCACUACGAGGUGCUCAAGUACCCACUCACCACCGAGUCCGCCAUGAAGAAGAUCGAGGACAACAACACCUUGGUUUUCAUUGUUGAUGUGCGGGCUGACAAGAAGAAGAUCAAGGAGGCUGUCAAGAAGAUGUAUGACAUCCAGACCAAGAAGGUCAACACAUUGAUCAGACCUGAUGGAGCGAAGAAGGCUUAUGUGAGGUUGACGGCAGAUUACGACGCUCUUGAUGUUGCCAACAAGAUUGGCAUCAUUUAGAUUGCAUUGCUCUUAGUUUUAAGGCUUGGCCCGGAUUCUGGUGCCACAUGUACGUAUCUUUGGGUUUUUCUAAGUUCAGGGUCUUUGAAUUGCCCAAGAUUGUGAUGCGGACAUUCAUUUUUUUUGAACUAACAAGUGGAAGUACGAUCUUGGACCCAAAAU